GACACAGCAGUGCAAGACGCAUACUGUAUCAUCAUAGAUCCGUGUUCACUUAGUUCCAUCAAGGGCUAGAUCAAGCGUUAAAAUCAGUCCGACGAGACUACAUAAUUCACCCUAGUCACGCUCCGGUUGUCCUGUUUUAUCGCCCUACUACACGUCAAGAAUUCAGGCUUGCAUCGUUCAAGGACAGAGAGAGGGGCACUGAAGCAAAGCUGGCUUGUGAACGGGAUCGUCAGAUCAUACUGAACUUAGCUUAAAGAAGAGUGAGAUCAACAUUCUUUCCUAACUAACAAAAGGAAAUACAUAAUGAAGACCAUAGACAUUUUCCUUCUGCCCACUGUGCUCUUCAUGUCCCUUUUCCACUGCUGUCUUGCACAAAGUGACUCUGACCUCAUAGUAACAACAAGGUUGGGUCGUGUGCAGGGUGUACUCUUGCCUGUUCCAGACCGGAAUCACGUGAUCACUUUCUUGGGCAUUCCAUAUGCUGAACCUCCUAUUGGGAAAAGGCGUUUCAAGCAAGCAGAGCCCAAAAGGCCUUGGAAUGGUGUCUUUGAGGCAAGAGACUACCCAAAUGCCUGCUAUCAGUCUGUUGACACCACUAACCCAGGGUUUCCAGGUAUCGAGAUGUGGAACCCCAACAGAAUGAUGAGUGAGGACUGCCUGUACCUUAAUGUGUGGGUUCCUCCUUCCACAAGGCCACAAAACCUCACAGUAAUGGUCUGGAUUUAUGGUGGUGGCUUUUAUAGUGGUUCAUCCUCUCUUGAUGUCUAUGAUGGCCGGUACUUGGCUAACUCUGAAAAGGUAGUAGUUGUAUCUAUGAACUAUCGUGUUGGAGCUUUUGGAUUCCUUGCACUCAAUGGCUCAUCAGAAGCACCGGGAAAUAUGGGUCUCCUUGACCAGAGGUUGGCCCUCCAAUGGGUGCAAGAUAACAUUCACUUCUUCGGAGGUAACCCAAAACAGGUCACCAUUUUUGGCGAAAGUGCUGGCGGAGCCUCAGUGGGGAUGCAUCUUCUGUCACCAGAUAGCCGCCCAUAUUUCACACGUGCCAUAAUGCAAAGUGGUGUUCCUAAUACCCCCUGGGCUACUGUUAGCAUUGAUGAGGCCCGUCGUAGAGCCACCUUGCUGGGCAGUCUCAUUGGAUGCAGUGAAGGUAAUGACACAGAGCUGGUUGACUGCCUGAGGAGCAAAGAGCCAGAGGAUCUAAUUAAUCUGGAGUGGAGAGUACUCCCCUAUAACAGCCUGUUCCGCUUCUCCUUUGUACCGGUCAUAGAUGGCGUGGUGCUCCCUGACACCCCUGAUGCCAUGCUCAGCUCAGGGAACUUUAAACACACUCAAAUCCUCAUGGGUGUAAAUCAGGAUGAAGGAUCUUACUUCUUAAUUUAUGGUGCACCAGGAUUCAGUAAAGACAAUGACAGUUUAAUAUCACGAGAAGACUUCCUCCAGGGUGUGAAGAUGGGUGUUCCUCAUGCUAAUGAGAUUGGCUUGGAGGCAGUUAUCCUUCAGUACACUGACUGGAUGGAUGAGAACAACCCUCAAAAGAAUCGAGAUGCCAUGGAUGAUAUUGUAGGAGAUCAAAAUGUUAUUUGUCCUCUACAACACUUUGCAAGUUCAUAUGCCCAGCACACUGGUGUCCAUACCCAGGCAGCAGCAACUGCACAAGGGACACUGGGCUGGGGAAACUUGGGAUCAACAGGCUACAACAGUAACUCACAUGGUGCUGUGUACCUCUACUUGUUUGACCAUCGAGCCUCUAAUCUGGCCUGGCCUGAGUGGAUGGGUGUAAUUCAUGGUUAUGAGAUUGAGUUUGUGUUUGGCCUGCCUUUAGAGAAAAGGCUCAAUUACACUGCAGAGGAAGAGAAACUCAGCCGACGUAUGAUGAAAUACUGGGCCAAUUUCGCCCGCACUGGUAAUCCCAACAUUAACAUUGAUGGCACCAUAGAGAGUCGAAGACGGUGGCCUCAAUUUACAGCUACUGAGCAGAAGCAUGUGGGUUUGAAUACAGAACCACUGAAGGUGCACAAGGGUCUAAGAACGCAGGUUUGUGCUCUGUGGAACCGCUUCCUGCCUCGUCUACUUAAUAUCACAGACAACGUCGAUGAUGUUGAGCAACAAUGGAAAGUGGAAUUUCACCGCUGGAGCUCUUACAUGAUGCACUGGAAGAGUCAGUUUGACCAUUACAGCAAGCAGGAACGCUGUACAGAUCUCUAGAUAAAUUUGACAUGAACGUAAGAGAGUGCAGAUCAGUAAGAAAAAAGGAAAACUGAUGACCAUAUCGCUCAAUAGUCUCUUUUCAGAAUGGCAAAGGUUCCCAAAGCUUAAUGAAAUCUUGUCGCUCAUUACUAUCUCUGAGUUAUGAAUGUGCACUUGUGCACACAAGCUGCUAUAAGAGAUUAUUGAGUUCUAUGGUCAACAAAAUGUAUGAAUCAAAAAAUUGUUGUAGUUGCGAUAUUACCUCUGAAAAGUGAGUGUGUUUGUCUGUCUGUUCUGCUGGGACAUAGAAACCCUCAUUCACUCUGGUCCUCAGGAUACCACACUAUUUAACUUUUUUUUGGUUAUGUUCUUGUAAGGCUUGAAUUAUUAUGGCUGCUUUCUCUUCUCCCUGUCUACUGCAUCUAUUCAGCAUUUUGUGUGCUUUUUUUAUCCCGGUUAUUGUGUGAACCUUUCUGAGUGUGGGCCAACUCAAUAUACUUACUUCAUUCAGGAAUCAGGAGCCAUCUUUUUUUUCAUCUAUGCUAGCUAACUAUACUCAGUUGAGUUUUUGUGUGGGCAAGUAUGUGAUAUAAAUGUACUGAUAUUUAACUUCUCAUUUUUAUAGCUACGUACAUUGCAUUCAUUCUGGUGCCCACAGCAUGACGUUUGAAUUUAUGUGUUUGAGAGAAAGUGUGUGUUUACCAUAUACCAACUACAUGGGUCAGUUUGUGUGUCUGUAUGUACAAUCCCACUUGUGAAUGCCACCUCUCCUUAGUUCAAGAUUCAUAUGGGAAUUUUUUAUGCUGCAGUGUUUUAUGCUAGAAAGAGAGAACGGUGAGUACGAGUAAUGUGGACUGUGUGCCAAAGGGUGAAUAUAAUUUUUCCUUACAGUCUCCCUCUCUCGAUGGGAAAUGAUUCUCAUUACGAUAAUGGAGGGAAAGUAAUUUACUUAGUGCUCAUUCGAAAUGACAGCCUGCUGUAUCAGCCAUCUUAAGUCCAGCCCCACAUUUACCCUUUUGAUGCAGUAGGAGGAUGAUAAAGGAAAACAUAGGCAAUUAUUGAAGAUGCAAGGACAAAACGAAUACAGGGUUACAAAAGCCACUUCUGUCACAUAUUCUAUAUUUAUUGAAAUUGUAUAAUGUCCUUUUUUUAAUUAAUUAUUUGCAUGAUUUCGUAAAGUAUAAAAAGAGCUAAAAAAUCAUGAGGAGUGUUUUUAGUUUGUUUAAAAUAGAGCAAAUAUAGUUUUUGGUAUUUAUUAAGAUAGUGGAACUACAUACAUAUUUGCAUUUUGCCUGCGAAUCUGUAUCAAACAUUAUUUUAUAUUUUACAGAGUGAAUGUACUGUAUUAUGGUCAUUAGUUCUCAUGUAUACAUUGUCCCAAUUUGCAUAGUCAUGUUUAUUAUGAACACGCUGAAUUUGUGAAUGCUAGUCUGUUUAUGCUGUCUCAUUAACCUUCUGUCAGCCUGCAUUUACCAAGGCUAUUUCAGUGUAUUUGUCCAGUACCAUUUACAGUAUCUACAGUUUUGUUUUCAACACUGUGGAAGGGAUCUGACUCUGAGAAGACAGCAGGUCUUCCGGCACACAAAAUGAUUGGUUGUUAUGAAGCAUUUAACCUCUGAAUAUGACUGAGGUAAUGUAGGUUUGCUUAAAAAAAAAAAAAAAAAAAAAGAUCUUGUUCUAGUUAUAAAUGUUGGAUCAGUUGAACGAGAAAAUGUAAUGCGAGUAUAGUAUGACUACGCAUGCUUGUUUAUGGGUUUGAAUGACAGCUGCUGUUGCACCUCUUGUACAGUGAGAGGGCUAUCCAUCUCUUGCACCCCAUGAAAUCCCCUUGUGCAUGUCCCAGACCCAUCCUCUAUAUUCUGUGCUUUAAAAAUUGACUGUUAUCUUCUCUGACAAUAUUAGUGCUGAUGCCUAUUAAUGAUAUUUCAUAUAUAAGUUUAUAGCUAUAAAAAAUUGUUAGCCCAGAGAUAAAUAUUGAUGUUAGCAAUAACAAAAUACACUUAUAAUGGAAUAUAUAUAUAUAUAUAUAUAUUUGAAUGCAUUGAAGCUCAUGUAAUGAUGUCACUGACUUGACUGAAAAACAAUGGUCAUGAAUGGUCACCAAUCUGGUUUUAAAUCAGCACUUUCGUCAACACAAUAUAGAGUGCCAUAUGCUACCUUAUAGAUAUUGUUCUUUAGUGUUGAAUAUGGAAUCACUUUCGUGCAUUUUUGAGCAAAUUAUUAUUAUUCAUUUUUAAUUCUUGAAAUUAUGUUGCCAGCAAGGACACCUGCCUCCCAAUUACAUCACAAAGAGACAAUGUUAUCUCUGACAAAUCCAUAAGGUUCUACCCUAAAAGUAUGUAGAAUAUUGCAUUUGAACAUUGUUCUGCAUUUGUUGCACUUUGACUACAUGCCUAUAAUAACAAUUAUUGCUAUUGUUGUUCUUGUUAUUGUUAUUUAUUCAUUAUUGUCAAGAUAUUGCCUGCUGUGUCAAAUUAGUGCCAAAAAGGUAUUGUGACAGCAUUGUGCACAUCCUCUGCAUGGUGAUACUUAUCCGCCCACUUUGGAUAACAUACCAAUAGCUGUCCACCGCAACCUCAAUAAACAGUUAUUUACUUAAU